UGAGUCAAUCUACUUCCCGCCGAUGUCUUCUUUAUCUUCUUGCUAUCUUUUCUGAUUGUCUUUGUUUUUAUUUAUUUUUAAUUUAAUUUUAUCCUUACUAUCUUCUAUAGUUAUUAUUUGUGUGACAAUUUGCUGACAUGGUUCGCAAAGCUCGAGGUAAAGAAGCUGUUCAACCUGGGGAAUCAGUGCCUUUACCUGGACCAACAGGAUUACCUAGCACAGCUGCCCAUGUUAUUGAUGAUUCUCUUGAUGGGUCAAUGCUAAGUGCUGGUGAUGAAGGUAAUUCGUUAUUUUCCAGUGUCAAAAAGGGUCGUGCAGCAUUGCAGUCUGUUGUUGAUGAAUGGAUUGAGUCUUAUCGCCAGGAUAGGGAUGCUGCAACUCUCGAGUUGUUACAAUUCUUUAUCCUUGCUUCUGGUUGUAAAGGAAAAAUUACUGCUAAAAUGAAGGAGACUAUGGACAAUGCAAGAAUAAUUAGAGAAUUAGUUGAAGAAUUUGAUGAUCAAGCUGGAGGAGACUAUCCAAUAAUCACUAAUGGACCCCAAUGGAAGAAAUUCAGAGCCAAUUUUUGUGAAUUUGUCCAUACACUGAUUCGCCAGUGUCAAUACAGUAUUAUUUACGAUCAAUACCUGAUGGAAAGUAUGAUCUCAUUUCUGAUUACAUUGUCGGACUCUCAAGUCCGAGCUUUCCGACACACCGCAACCUUAGCAGCUAUGAAACUUAUGACAGCUCUUGUUGAUGUAGCUCUUACUUUAAGUAUCAACAUCGACAAUACCCAACGACAGCUAGAUAAAGCUCGCCAAGAAAGAUCAAGAGGAGAUAGACUGGAUAAUCUAGUCCUUAAGCGUCAAGAGCUUGAUGACAAUAUGGAGGAUAUUAAAACGAUGCUUGGUUACUUGUUCAAAUCAAUCUUUGUCCACAGGUAUCGGGAUAUCAUUCCAGAGAUAAGAGCCUUAUGCAUGUAUGAAAUAGGUACAUGGAUGAAAAGAUUCCCCAAUUAUUUUCUUGAUGAUUCUUUCCUUAAGUAUGUUGGUUGGACAUUGCAUGAUAAAGUUGGUGAUGUAAGGCUUAAAUGCUUACAAUCUCUACUUCCUCUAUAUGAAACUGAAGAAAUCGCUCGCAAAAUGGAGCUGUUUACAAACAAAUUCAAAGAACGAAUUGUUGCCAUGACACUGGACAAAGAGUACGAGGUUGCCGUUCAAGCUAUCAAAUUGAUAAUCAGUAUACAUAAAUACCACCGAGAAGUGUUGACGGAUAAAGAUUGUGAACAUGUUUAUGAAUUGGUCUAUGCGACUCACCGUGGAGUUGCUCAAGCUGCUGGAGAGUUUUUAAAUGAAAAAUUAUUCCAAGUAGACGAGGAAGCUACUUCAAACUUGUGUUCUCGAAGAGGUAAAAAACGUUCAGUUCACACCCCACUGAUACGUGAUUUAAUUACAUUCUUCAUUGAGAGUGAACUUCAUGAACACGGUGCAUAUUUAGUCGACAGUUUGAUUGAAAGUCACCCAAUGAUGAAAGACUGGGAAUGUAUGACCGAUUUGCUCUUAGAAGAACCUGGUCCAGAAGAAGAAGCUUUAGAUGAUCGACAAGAGACAAGUUUGAUUGAACUGAUGGUGUGUGCAAUAAAACAAGCUGCCACUGGAGAAUACCCUAUCGGAAGAGGUCCAGUACGUAAACAAAUAUCCACUAAAGAAGCCAAACAGGUUGCUGAUGACAAGAAUCGUAUUUCCGAGCAUUUCAUUGCUUCACUUCCUCUCCUUCUUGACAAGUACAAGACUGAUCCUGAAAAGAUAGCUAAUCUCAUGACUAUUCCUCAAUAUUUUGAGUUGAGCUAUUAUUCACAAAACAAUGAUCAACUUGAAUCUUUACUUCGUUUGGUUAAUGUUUUGGUUGAGAUUCAUUCUGAUUCAGAGGUAUUGGAAGCUUGUGCUAAAGCUUAUGAAUAUUUAUACGAUGAGAAUUUCACCUUCAAAAGAGAGGUUUGGGUAUCUAAAAGCUCAUUGUUAGAUACUCUUGUCUUGAAAAAGCAUAAAGAUGCUGUUGAAGCAUAUUCAGAACGUCCUAAUGGUCGUGAUGAGAGAGAAGCAGUUGUAAUGAUUCUUAAAAAGAUUGCUGCUUUUAUAUCUUGCCACGACAUGAGCUCCUAUGAAAUGUGGGACACUGUUUUCGAACGGUGGAUCCGUGGUGCUGGCUCUGAAAAUGCUGAUAAUGUUCCCGAAGAUGCCAUAAAAUAUUCUAUCAGUAUUUGUUAUUAUGCUUUGAUAUGGGAACUUCAUGCUCUUUCUGAAGCUAGAAAUCAAGGACCAGUUGAACAUUACACUCGUAAUCGUUUGAUAGAAUUUAUUGCUGAAUUGCGAGAUACAUUGAGCCAUCCUAAUGAAGACAUAGCCCAAGAAGCCUACUUCAGUAUUUGUGAUUUGUUACUGAUGUUUGAUCAUCAACUCGAAAACGAUUCACCAGCUGUAGCACAAUUGGUUUACCGACCUAAUAAUACUCUCAUCAAACAAUUGGAAUCUUUCAUUGUUGAGCGAGUAUUCGUUCAUGAUGAAGAAUCUGAAGAUGAACCUGGAAUACAAAACUCUGUUGAGAAGUUGCACAAGAAAAGACAUUUACUGGCUGGAUAUUGUAAAUUAAUUAUUUAUAAUGUAAUUCCUAUGCGACAUGCUAUUUGUGUCAUUCGUCAUUAUGUCAAAUUCUUCAAUGAUUUCGGAGACAUUAUCAAAACAACACUUGGUAAACUUAGGGAAAUGAAUAAAGUUAUUUGUGCCAAAACUAUGGCUAGUGCUUUGAUUCAAGUUUUCAAGGAAUUGCAGGUUGAAUCGCACCAAAAUCCUAAUGCAUUUACAAAACAAGAUGAAAACUUCUUGGCUCUGAAAGAGUUAGCCAAAAGAUUUGCUUUGUCAUUCGGUUUAGAUAACCAAAAGAAUCGUGACGCAGUUGCAUCUCUACAUCGAGAAGGAAUCCAUUUCAGUUUUGAUAAACUGGAUAAUCCUAUUGAUCCUCUUGGUCCUCCGCCUAAUUUACCUUUCCUUGAAAUUCUCAGUGAAUUUUCAAACAAGCUUAUCAAACAGGAUAAAAAGACUGUCCUCAGCUAUUUGGACAAAUGUGUUCAAAGCGCGUUACCUGGUAUUCAUAACGAUGAAUGGCAACCUUUGAUGAGCUAUCGAAGUAGCUUGAUUCAACACAAUGAAUUUGAUCUUCCUCUCAAUCGUGCCCCUGGCCGUCAGUACCGAGGUCGGAAAAGAAAUCGUGAUGAUAAUGAUGAAGAAGGUGCUGAAGAAGACCAAGUUGAGCAUGAAUCCGAAGCCGGAUCUGAAAUCGCUGAAUGAAUAUCUUGAAUUAUCCACUUUCACGUGUACAAAAUCUUUCCAAAUUCAUCCAUCACCAUAUUUCUCAUCAUUUCGCAUUUUACCAAUUUAAUAUAUUUUAAUUAUUAUUUCUGUACUUUAUUCGAACCUUGAUCUUUUAUUUUAUAUUAAUUCAAUAUUCAUAUAUACCGUGUCAUUUUUAAUCGUGACUGUUUAUAUGAUGUCAAAUAAUUGUUCAUUUGAUGUCAGAAAUUUCAUCAAUUGAUUGAGAUUAUCUAUUGAACUAUGUAAACUUUGAAAGACUCACAAGAUAUUCAGUUAAUUUUGACUUAUUUAGGUCAUUUUCAUGGCCAUGGUAAGCUACAGAAUAUCGUACUGAGAUUUUUAACCAUUUUUUAGAGUUUUACAUUGUAUUAUCACCCUGGUCAUUGAUCAUUAAAGAUAAUCAUUGUAUACAAUA